CAUCACUACUACUUCACUCUUACAACAAUAAUCUCUCCUAUCUUUAAACAGAGAAACAGAGAAGAAGAAAGUGAUUAAGUUAAAGAUUAAUGGGGAAGGACAUUGAGGUUGCAGAGCAUGGUCGAGACUACCAGGACCCACCUCCUGUUGAUUUUUUCGAUGCCGAUGAGCUCGGUAGUUGGUCAUUUUACAGGGCCCUCAUUGCCGAGUUCGUGGCGACUCUUCUGUUUCUUUACAUUACUGUGUUGACUGUAAUUGGCUACAAGGCCCAGACGGAUCCUGAUACUAAUCCAGACCAGUGUGGCGGCGUCGGAAUUCUCGGCAUUGCUUGGGCCUUUGGUGGCAUGAUCUUUGUCCUCGUUUACUGUACUGCUGGAAUUUCAGGGGGUCAUAUUAACCCAGCGGUGACAUUUGGAUUGUUUUUGGCGCGGAAGGUGUCACUGGUACGGGCAGUGAUGUACAUGGUGGCUCAGUGCCUUGGAGCCAUCUGCGGGGUUGGGUUGGUCAAGUCAUUUCAGAAGUCUUACUAUAUCCGCUACGGUGGUGGUGCUAAUGAAUUAGCGGAAGGCUACAACAAAGGCACCGGUUUGGGUGCUGAAAUUAUCGGAACUUUUGUUCUUGUUUACACUGUUUUCUCUGCCACCGAUCCCAAGAGAAAUGCCCGAGACUCUCAUGUUCCCGUGUUGGCUCCGCUUCCUAUUGGAUUUGCUGUUUUCAUGGUUCACUUGGCUACCAUCCCAAUCACUGGAACUGGUAUCAAUCCUGCUCGUAGUUUCGGAGCUGCAGUCAUCUACGGAAAGGAGAAGGCCUGGGAUGAUCAAUGGAUUUUCUGGGUUGGGCCCUUCAUCGGGGCCGCGAUUGCCGCCUUCUACCAUCAGUACAUCUUGAGAGCAGCAGCUGUGAAGGCUCUGGGAUCAUUCAGGAGCAAUGCUUAAUUUAUGAUCUAGAUGAGAAUGGGCACGGUGUGAAUAAAAAGGAACUCAUUGAGCGGAGUUGAACAAGUUGUAAAUUGUUGGUUUAGUAUGAGGUUCUAUUCGUCUUGGAUGUCAAUUAUUAUCAAUCACAGGGCACUUGUUUUUCUUA